AUGCGGGAAGAUGGCAGGGAUGAGGGGUUCGAAGCGGAUGAAGAUCCUCUGUGCCCUAAUAUCCACUUCUCAUCAGCUGAAGAAAGGCAGUUCUGUAGGGAAUGGCGCUCCGCACUGGUCGUCAAAGCCCUAGGUCGAUCUGUGUCGUAUACGGGUAUCUCGAAGCGGCUGAAUGAUCUUUGGGCUAGGGCUGGAGGAAUACAAGUCUCGUCAGUCAAGAAUGGGUACUUCUUGGUUCGUUUCACGAGCGGGAUUGACUACGAGCGUGCUUUAACGGGUGGUCCGUGGAUGAUGGGGGACAACUAUCUUAUGGUCCACAUGUGGGACAAACACUUCCGACCCUAUAACCAUGAUAUAUCGUCCACCCUUGUCUGGGCAUGUCUACUGGAUAUACCCAUUCACUUUUUUCACAAGGAGGCGGUUAUGAAAAUCGGCAGCCGGAUAGGGAAACCACUGUGCGUGGACCAAGCCACUGCUACAGGGGCUCGCCUGGACUAUGCCCGGGUGUGUGUACAAGUGGACUUAACUAAACCACUUCUGUCCCAGUUCAAAAUCCACGGAGUGACCUACUUCAUUCAAUAUGAGGGACUUGAAAAGAUCUGCCUUAACUGUGGGAAAUACUUCGAGCGCUCGAAGUGUUAUUGCACGUCCUCUCCUGACUAG